AUGACGUCACAUUUUAAUGGCGACCACUGUAUGGCGUUUUGUGUAAUAAGUAGUAGUUUGACUACUUUUCGCACUUUAUUUAGAAAAUAUAUUUGUCUAAUUGUUUCUAGGUACAAAUCAAUAUGAUUAUAACUCUGAAAACACUCCAGCAACAAACUUUCAAGAUCGAAAUUGAUCCGUCAGAAACUGUCAAAGUUUUUAAAGACAAAAUAGAAACAGAGAAGGGGAAAGACUAUCCAUCAUCAUGUCAGAAGCUAAUUUAUGCUGGAAAGAUUCUUAGUGACGACAACAAAAUUAGUGAAUACAACAUAGACGAAAACAAAUUUGUUGUCAUAAUGGUCACGAAGCCCAAACCUGGAGCAAAUGAUAGUCAAUCUUCACAAAAAAGUUCCACAUCACCAUCAUCAGGUGCUGAAGCUUCUUCAGGUGUAUCACAAACAUCUGGUACUUCUGUAGCAGAUAUUAAGCAGUCACCAAGUGUUUCAGAAACAGCACCCGAAAAGAAAGAUUCUUUAGCAUCAGAAAUAACAAGUCCCACUAACACAACUGCUGCCAUGAUUACGUCUGCAUCAGGUGCAAGUUUUAAUCUUAGUUCAGCAGAAUCAAGCCUGGUGAUGGGAGAAGAUUAUCAGAAAAUAGUGCAACAAAUAAUGGAAAUGGGCUAUGAAAGAGAACAAGUUGAGCGAGCACUUCGAGCGAGCUACAAUAAUCCAGAUAGAGCUGUAGAAUAUUUACUUACCGGUAUCCCUUCUCACCAGGAAUCUUCACAGCCUUCAACUGAAGAAAGAGAAGCAACUGCUCCAGCGCGUAACCCAUCUUCCAACACUAGUACUAAUGUUUCAGCAACAGAAAGUGAAGAAGAUCCUCUAGCUUUUCUGAGGUCUCAGCCCCAAUUCCAACAGAUGCGGCAGGUCAUUCAGCAGAAUCCCCAGCUAUUAAAUGCAGUCCUUCAGCAGAUUGGACAGAGUAAUCCUCAGCUUCUUCAGGUGAUAUCACAAAACCAGGAAGCCUUUGUUAGAAUGCUGAAUGAACCUGCAACAGGUUCAAGUGGAGGUGGGAAUGCUGGAAACACUGGUAGUCAGGCUGCAGGCCAGGGCACUGGCAGUAGUGGGAUCCCUGCUGCCUUUGAAGGUGGGGUCACUGCCCAGGUUACUCCUCAAGAUAAGGAAGCCAUUGAGCGUCUCAAAGCUCUAGGAUUUCCUGAGUAUCUGGUCAUUCAAGCUUAUUUUGCUUGUGACAAGAAUGAAAAUCUAGCAGCAAAUUUCCUUCUGUCUCAAAAUUUUGACGAUUGACAGCAACUGUAUUGUCAGAUUUCACCUGUUUUAGAAAACUUUAUGGAGUUUGCAACAUCACUAAGACAACCUUAGGAAAAACCUGGCAAAAACCUAACAGGCAUGCUUGCAACCUCAUGAUAUCAUUCACUUUAACUCAAGAAAAAAAAAAACAUACUGCUCUAGUGGGCAAUAGAAAAACUGGUCUGUUUUUGUUGUACCCUUUUGAAGUUAUUCUUCUAAAGUUGUACACUUGUUGAAUUGCAUCUUCAAAAAAAAAUAGACAUAAAACAAAGAGAUAUUAUGUUUUUAAUUUACAAGUGCUAUUAAUGUAAUUGGGAGGGAUGUAGAAUUGUUUCUUUGAUCUUUUAGAACAUUAGCAGUUACAUCAUACAAAUUAGAGACAAAAGUAUAAUAUAAUGUAUCAGUACAAUCACUGUUUGUUUUACUAAUAUUAAUUGUUAAUAGAAUUCUGAAAGAUUUAUGCAUUUGCUUAGUUUUUCCUGAUAAGCUUUUAAAUCAAGGUCUCUUCCUAGUUAGAAAGCAAAUUUUCCAAAUUUCUAAGAAUGUACUAUAAUAUUUGGAAUGUUUGAUUGUGCUUUAUUUUGUUUGUCUGCUAAUCAUCUACAGAAAAUUAAGCUUAAAAUAAACUAAACAAGUGUAUUUGAAUUUCAUCUGUUUUUGCAAUAUGUUCAAAAACUAUCUGUGUUCAGUAACAAAAUAAACAUAGAUAAAAAUA